AUGUCGCUACCGCAGAGACCGGGCGCGAAGCCCUCCUACGAAGAACGGCAUAGCUACCGGCCGUCGCAAUCACGGCGGCAACAGCAACACCGCCCGGCCGAUAUCGAGGCUGGCAGCUAUGCCCCAGUCGGCGGCGCGCAGUCACUUCAUCAACGUGGGCCCUCAGCAUCUUCUUUCGCCGAGACUAUUGCGUCUCCUAAUCCGGAAAUAGAGAGAACCCCGUUGUCGCCCACAUCCGCAGAAGCGCAAGCCGCCGAGUCGCCAUUUCAGCGCAAAAGGAGCCUCGUGCGGCCCGAGCGGAACAGGAUAGGCAAAGACCACCCCAAUUACCACUACCGCAAACAUGCCGCCAACAUGAACACCUUGCCGUCCUCGACCGGCAACGAUCCCAUUGCGGAAGACCUGGAGGGAACCACCGACAUAUCAGGCUCCAUCUCUAGGAACGACGAAGCGCCUCCCUCGGAUGCGACUCCAUCGCCUAGGAGAGUUCGUUCGAAGAAGCACCGGAAUGGCGAGGCGGAGAAGUCCGGCCGGCCCAGGCGGCGGACGACCUCGAACGCGGCAAAACACCCCAAGAUCACCAAGGACACGAAGCCACGCAACCAGGAUGAACAGCUAAGACCCCCCAGCCUAUGGAACAUAUACUGCUCGAUCAUUACUUUCUGGGCCCCCGGCUUCGUCCUCAAGUGCUUCGGUCUGCCUGCUAAGGCGCAGCAGCGCGCUUGGCGAGAGAAGAUGGGCUUGAUUAGCAUCAUUCUCUUCAUCAUGACCGUUGUUGGUUUCCUCACAUUCGGCUUUACGCAAGUCGUCUGCGGCUCGCCGCCAUUACGGCUGCGCGUCAACGAGGUCGAUAGCGGUUAUAUGAUCUUCCACGGCUCGGCCUACGACUUAGCCGGGUCCCAUCACCCCCCUGCUGAAGGCAUUCCAAGACGUUUGGACGGAAGUGGAGCGAACGUCCUCUAUGACCUUCCCGAGAAGCACGGGGGGCAAGAUGGAAGUUUCCUGUUCCAAAACGUCAAUGGCAAAUGUAAGGGACUCAUUGAAGCCGCACCAGAUUCUGACGUCCCGACGGACGGGGACGGUGGUUUGGCAUGGUACUUCCCCUGCACUACCUUCAACCAGGAUGGGUCGACGCAGCCGAACAAGACAAUCCCGUACUACCUUGGCUAUUCCUGCCACACCACCGGUCCCUCUCGUGACACGUUUUACCUGCAGCUUUCCGGCGCCGCAGAUGUGUACUUCAACUGGGACGACAUCCGGAACAGCUCCCGCAACCUGAUCGUCUACUCGGGCAACGUUCUCGACCUGGACCUUCUGCGGUGGUUUAACGAUUCCCAGGUCACUUAUCCCGCGCGCUUCAAGGAGCUCCGAGACCGCGACACCGCUGCAAACCAGGCCAUCCGCGGGCGUGAUGUCACCCGCGCGUUCCAGUCGCCAAGUGACAAGCAGAUCGCCGAAUGCUUUGAGGAGAUCAUCAAGGUCGGAACUGUCGACACGGACACGGUCGGGUGCAUUGCCUCCCAGGUCGUUCUCUACCUUUCUCUUGUCCUGAUUCUUUCCGUUGUGGUAGCGAGGUUUGUGCUCGCCAUCGUUUUCCAAUGGUUUAUUAGCAAGACCUACGCUGCGUCCAAGACCUCGCAAACCUCGGAUCUACGUAAGCGCAACAGGCAGAUUGAAGAUUGGACCGAGGACAUUUACCGAGCCCCUCCUAGAAUGCCGGGUGACAUCGGGAGCAGCGUCAAUGGGUCCUCCGAUCGUCAGAGCAAGCGUAGUAGCACCUUCCUGCCCACCACCUCUCGCUUCUCGGCUGUCUACGGAAAUGAGCGCGGCAACCGCCGGUCUGGUGUCCCCACGACGAUGGCCAGCCAGAGCGCCGCCGGCCAACUUCUCAGCCCCACCAACAUGUACCGACAAGGCAACGACAGUCGCUCCAGCUUCCUCAAGUCGGAUCCGUACGCCUCAAACAACAGCCCCACGGAUGGCCCGGGGCCUGCGGGUUUUAUCCACGAAGCUGUCGUCCCCCAACCCCCGUCCGACUGGAUGCCUUUUGGUUUCCCGCUCGCCCAUGCCAUUUGCCUCGUAACUGCGUACUCCGAAGGUGAACUUGGUAUUCGGACUACUCUGGAUUCGAUCGCCAUGACGGACUAUCCCAACAGCCACAAGGCCAUUCUCGUUAUUUGCGAUGGUAUCAUCAAGGGCCAGGGCGAAGAGUUCUCGACGCCUGACAUUGUACUGGGCAUGAUGAAGGACCACAGCACGCUCCCUGAGGAUGUCCAAGCCUUCUCCUACGUGGCUGUGGCCAGCGGCUCCAAGCGUCACAACAUGGCCAAGAUCUACUCGGGCUUCUACGACUACGGCGUUAAGUCCGCCAUUCCCCUAGAAAAGCAGCAGCGUGUCCCCAUGAUGGUUGUUGUCAAAUGUGGUACUCCCGACGAGGCGACCAAGGCGAAACCCGGAAACCGCGGCAAGCGUGACAGCCAGAUCAUUCUGAUGUCUUUUCUCCAAAAGGUCAUGUUUGACGAACGGAUGACGGAACUUGAGUACGAGAUGUUCAACGGGCUGUGGAAGGUUACCGGCAUUUCACCCGACUUUUACGAAAUCGUACUUAUGGUCGACGCCGACACCAAGGUUUUCCCCGACAGUCUGACGCACAUGAUUUCCGCCAUGGUCAAGGAUCCCGAUAUCAUGGGCCUUUGCGGCGAGACCAAGAUUGCCAACAAGCGGGCCAGCUGGGUAUCAGCCAUACAAGUCUUCGAGUACUUCAUUUCUCAUCAUCUGGCCAAGUCCUUCGAGUCCGUCUUUGGCGGUGUCACCUGUCUUCCCGGUUGUUUCUGCAUGUACCGCAUCAAAGCGCCCAAGGGCGCGCAGAACUACUGGGUCCCCAUCCUGGCCAACCCCGAUGUGGUUGAGCACUAUUCGGAGAACGUGGUGGACACCCUACACAAGAAGAACCUGUUGCUGCUAGGUGAGGAUCGCUACCUGUCGACCCUCAUGCUGCGAACCUUCCCAAAGCGCAAACAGGUCUUCGUCCCACAGGCAGUGUGCAAGACGACGGUUCCCGACACGUUUAUGGUUCUUCUCUCACAGCGUCGCCGCUGGAUCAACUCGACCAUCCAUAAUCUCAUGGAACUUGUCCUCGUCAGGGACCUGUGCGGUACCUUCUGCUUCAGCAUGCAGUUUAUUGUCUUCAUCGAGCUGAUUGGUACCCUCGUGCUGCCUGCCGCCAUUGCUUUCACCUUCUAUGUUGUUAUCAUCUCGAUCAUCCACCAACCGCCACAAAUUAUCCCGCUCGUGCUUCUUGGGCUGAUUCUCGGUUUGCCGGCCGUGUUGAUUGUUGUCACCGCCCACAGCUGGUCGUAUGUCGUAUGGAUGUUCAUCUACCUGCUCUCGCUCCCCGUCUGGAACUUCAUUCUGCCGACGUACUCAUUCUGGAAGUUUGACGACUUCUCGUGGGGUGACACGCGGAAGACGGCGGGCGAGACGACUAAGAAGGCGGGUAUCGAGUACGAAGGCGAAUUCGAUAGCAGCAAAAUCACUAUGAAGCGGUGGGCUGAGUUUGAGCGCGACCGCCGGGUCCGCAACAACAGCGCCAACAACACCUACUGGGGUUCGGCGGAGAAUGUUGUUGGCGGAAGUCAGGUGUACGGUCACGGGCCGUACGACGGCUACUACUCGGAUCAAUGA